AUGAGCCUUGCCACAGUUGGCGCCGCUGUCCUGGUUCUUUGUAUCGUGGCGUAUGCUAUGUCGCACGCUACGGACUCAGACGUCGACCUGCAUGAUCCAGAGAUCUUCCAGGAACGCAAAAACUUGUACCGAAACAAGCGAGAUGACUUCAGAAGGAAUUUUCGGGCCAUGGAGGAGCUGAGGGAGUGGAAGGCUAAGAAUGACGACUAUGAUUAUGUGGAACUGAGAGCCGCUCCAGACAGUGUCAAGCUGCAUGAUGCCUCACAACGAGCAUCAAUCUUCAUUAGCAAGGUUUGGAAUGCUGAUCGCACUAUCGCUCGUCACAGUAGUUCUGGAAUGAUCCCUCCAAAUUUGGUUGGUAAAGCGACUGGCAGCAAGCCUUUCGCAAAGAGCGACACUUGGUUCUCUGAAUUCGAAUCCCACAACCCUUCUUCCCUCAUUCUUUCCGAGUCUCAAGACUCGUAUAUCAUCGGUAAUCUCGCUAGUUACGACAAACGCCAGUACCCAGAGUUCAAGCCUGGUGAAAACACCCCUGAAGGCCAAGGCUUCGGCCACUGCCUCGUAAUUUCUCGCAAGCGCAUCUUCAACGUCGUCGACCCCGACGCUACAGCCAACCACUCCGCCAUGCUCAAAGAAAUGAAAGAGCAUUUCAUCACCUUCUGGAAAACCGAAGACGGCUCACCAAAGCUUCUUAGACGCGUGCGCUCUACUUUCGACGAGCAAAACACCAAGCUGGCAUCUAACGACAGGAACGCCGAGUCUUGUGAGAGCUUGCGAUCUACGCUGAUAAAGGACUUUGACAUGCUGAGUAACAGCUUCUUGAGAUGCAACCCGGAUGAUUUCGAGUUCGCUUUUCACGCAUAUCCGGCUAAUUCAGUGGGGCAUUUGCAUAUGCAUGUUUUUCCGAAGAAUAGCGACUUGAGGAAAUUCUCGACGAAGAGCCAUGAUUGGAAGACUAUUCCAAUUGAGGCGGUGUUGGAGGUUGAGGAGGAGGAUCCGAGAGCGCUAGUGGAGAGGGGCAGUGGGUGA